AUGGCUUCUUACGCCGAGAUAGAGCGGGCUUUCAUUGCUGUAGCCCACAAGGAUUUCGUCUUGGGAGAGUGGAUUCCACUCUCCUAUUGGACUCACAAAGUAUGCUUGAAGCUUGCAGAUGAACUGCCACUCAAGAUAUCAAGACUCAGAGAUAGCCUUACCAAAAUGAAUGCUGUCAAUAAACCAUUUGCCAGCAGUGAAGACCAAGUCAAAUAUGGUGAUAUCAUUCGGAUUCACAAGACAGACCGACGCAUUCUAGUUGGAUCAAAACUCAAGAGGAUACACUUUCUUUGUGUUGAAACUGAUAAUACAGGAUGUGAGAAGUUUUCAAAUGAGAAACAGAAACAGCUCAAGUUCGAGAGUAGAUACCACUCUUACCGUCGCAGAGACACCUUCAUUGCAAAUCAUCUUGUCAUUGACACCACCGACAAUGACCAAACCAAAAAGCAACCUGCUAUUGUCACACCCACCGAAACUCGAAGCCAAAGGAACGAUAUCACCCAUGAGGGGAACAAAGACGUCCGUGAGCUGCUUGAAACCAUUUUUGAUCAAGGGCAACUCCCAGAUUUACUUACUUUCGACGUUGACUUAGAUUCCUUUAGAAGCAAGGUACAAGCGAUGGGUAUCCGUCUGCAGAAAGAGGCAAAUGAAAAGAGGAGUAGGAUGUUAGCCGAGGAAGACGACGAUUUGAGCCACGCAGUCGACAAGAGCAAGGUUGAAGCAUUUUUGGAUCGAUUCUGUUGCCCCCUUAGAAGGUCUUCAAUUCAGAGCUUCUUGCAUGUGGCAUUGCAGAUCAAUGACGCAGGCUGUCGCGAUAUCUUACAGCUUCAGAAGUAUGGAGGAAGCAAAGGUCGUGGGCUGAAUCUUGUUCCUGUAAUUCCAGCAGACUCGGCGACAUCCUUGGUUCGAAAUGCAAAGAAGUAUCUACCUGGCUUCUUUGGUGCCAUUGUGUAUGGAGAUUUUACUCGAAGGGAGACGUGCUUCUGUCUCACAAAGCUGCUUCGUGAAUAUGAGCCAGAAGGAGUCAAAGAUGCGGUUCGAACAACAAACAUGCAACCGAUGCCACGGAUGAACCCACACAAUCAAAUCGCCAUGUUCCAGGAGCUUAACUUGACAUACGAAAAAGGAAAAGCCAUGAGACAGUUCUUCAAUGCAGAUAAGUGCAAUCCACUCGUAUCAGAUCGAGUGAUGCGAAGCUUGGAAGCAGCAGUCAACGUCAAGCCUACCUUGCUCCGAUUUCAAGAGGGGAAAACAAAUAAGACCGGUUGGAUCCUGUCGGUGGAAGAUGUUGUUCGGGAGGAAAUCAAAUCGGAGGCUUCCCCAAAAGACUCUUGCGUCCAUGUUGUCCUUUCAGCUGAUCACGGUCAAGGUGCUUUCCGAGUCCAUGUAUCAAUCCUCUUUAUUUCAGGCAAAAGAGUUCGAAGAGAGACACAUCAGAUGGUUGGGCUUAUCAACUGCAAAAAGGACACGAGAGCAGUAAUCAUGGCAAGCGGUAUCGACAAAGCUGUCAACGACUCCUUGAAAAAUCUAAUAAAAAGCCCAGGUGCCUUACCAAUGGAAUUCUUUGUUGUCGGAGACUUGGCCUUUUAUUCUUUGUUCCUUGGCAAGGAAAACAUGAGCGGUCACCACUGCUGGGAGUGUCAGAUGAUGUGGAAACAGUUUCAAAAGGAUCCUACGAAGAUAGGCAGAAUGUGGACGCUUAGGUUGAUGAGAAGACGAUAUAAGAAACUGGAGAGCAAAGAGCUGAAGAGGAGCAAGCCAAUACAAGAGAAGGGGAUCAGGACGUUACCAUUGUUUGAUUGCAUUGAACCUGUUAACUGGCUGCCACCUCCUCUUCACGGUGUCAUCUUGCUCGCCAACACUCCAUUUCACUACUUGCAAAGGAUGGUUUGGUACAGGCAUGAAAGAGUUCCAGUGGAAGUCAUUGAGGCCAGAUUCGCGAAAGCAGAUGCUGAAAUGGAUGCUGAAGCCAAAUGGAAUGAGUUGGUGGAUGCUGAGGAGCAUUGGAAUGACAUGUAUGGGGUGAUGACGGACCUUGUUGGUAAUCCAGACAUCCAAUUUGAAGACACUCAGCAUGAGCAAGACUACAUUCGACACGAGGAACACCUCAAUCUAGCAAAAGCUUGGCUUGAAGAGGCAGAUGCGUUCCAGAAGAAAGCUGCCGCCACUCUCAAGGCCAAGAAGAAGCUAUUGAAAAAGUUAGAGGACAACAAAAGGAAUAUGGCCGGACAACACAGGAUCUUUGGAUGA